AUGGCGUUUCAAGGUGGGUAUGGAGGACAAGGCGGCGGUGGAGCCGGGGCGGGCGGACCACAAUACGAUCCUGAGACAAUGGCUCAGUAUGAACAGGUCUGGGCUCACUACUACGCACAACAAGCAGCCGCGGGCACUGGUGGUUAUGGCGGGAAUGGUGGAUCAUUUGGAGGCGCUGGUGGAUAUGGAGGUGGUGGCCGCGGAGGCUACGAUAGCUCGCGUGGCGGUGGAAGAGGCGAUUAUGGAAAUCGUGGCGGUUCAUUUGGUGGCAGUGACGAUGGUAGCGAUCGACCUUCUCGUUGGGACGGCGGCGGUAGUGAUCGUUCACGCGACUCCUUCAGUGAAGGGAACGGCGGUCCUCCGGGUGGUCGAGGAGGCUUUGGAGGUGGUAGAGGUGAAGGACGUGGUGGCGGCAGCCGCUUUGACGGCGGUCGAGGAGGAGGAUUUGGCGGACGAGGAGGCUUUGAUGGAGGACGUGGUGGAGGUGAUAGAGGAGGCCGUGGAGGAUUCGGAGGACAAGGCGGCGGUGCAGCCGGGGCGGGCGGUUGGAUGUUCGGUGAUCUUUUCCGA